AUAUUUUAUACUGGAUGUAGAUAUUGUUUAACAACAAAUAUUAUGUUUGGAUCAACAACUCAAUCUCAAUGUAGAAAAUGCAAAAGAGUAUUAACUAUCAUUUCUGAUUUCACAAAUAUUUUGAAUGAAAAUAAAUUGUUUUAUAUAUUAUAUUAAAUGUAGAUAUUGUUUAACAAUAAAUUUUAUUUUUGGGCUUACAAUUCAAUCUCUAUGUAGAAAAUGCAAUAGAACAUCUAUUGUGGAUAUUUUUAGUGGAAACUGUGAAUUAGAUGAAUUCCUCUUCAACUUAUUUUCUGACACGCAUUUUUGCGUUAAUAUGAAAGUAGAUGAGUUUAUUGAUGCAGAUGAGUUUAUAGGCGUAGAUAAGUUUAUAGACGUAGAUGAGUUUAUGGACAAAAUAAAAAAUAUUGACAAAUAUUAUUUUCCAUUAGAAAUAGAUUCAACUAUUCGUUCUAUGUUUCAAAACUACGAAGAUUUUCGAUCAAAAAAGUUGAAGGAUCAGUUGAUGGAUCAAUCAAAAAAGUUGAUGGAUCAACCUGAAAAGUUGAUAGAGUGGAUAUCAUAUUCUCAAUUUACAAAUGUUAAAGAAAUAGCAAAAGGAGGAUUUGGUAUCAUAUAUUGUGCAAUCAAGGAUCAAAAAAGUGUCAUUUUAAAAAAAUUCAAAAAUUCUCAAUAUACCAGCAGAUAUUUUUUAAAUGAGGUAUUACAAAUCUUUGUAUUAUUUAUUUUAUAA